GGGGGUAACAGUCGACUGAAACUAGAUCGCCGCACGAUCGUAGACGGGAGACGACAGAUUUAGCGCAAACCUCAGCCGUUCUUCUCGUUUACAUGUGCCAGAUUCGUCACAAGACUUCUUUUAGAACGAAGAAAGAAUGGCAAGAUAGUGAGAGACGAGAGACUGGGAAAUGAAACCUAGAAUGGCCUUAAAAUCUAACGCACUUCUAGUCUGGCUUUGGAUCACUUUGUUCGUCGGAUGCCAAUUCAAAGGUGAAUUUUGGCCUUUUAAAAGCGGUAUUAGUCAAGAACUUUUUAUUAUUGUUUACAUUUCUCCAUGGUUUAUGUAAGCCCAUUUAUUUCUUUGGAAUACUACCUAGAUUUGCACGUUUCUUUUGAUCACACCUUUCGUGCGUAAAGUGAAAGGACUGCUGUAAUUUAGCCGUAAUUUCGUUCACACUAAACUGAUAAUUGUGACACAGCAAUUCUUUUCAUUUGUUUCUCGGUAGCAACCGCACAACCUGCUCAUGAGGAAACCUGCCACGAAUUUCACAAGCUGUGCGUCAGGGACGUUCAGUUCCAAAACUGUAAGCUGCAAGCGUUUGAUCAUGUUAAUAAUACUGCUAAGAGGGAAUGUACAAUCCAGCGUAAUUAGCCGCCCCGAGAACCCUAAGUGCAGCUGGGUUAAAAUCGUUACGUAUACAUCAAAAACGAUUGGAACAGCUUCCGGACCGUGCGCUCCGAGAUCUGAUAGAACAGUCCCAACUCCAUAUCAUUCGUUUGCAUGAGAGCGCGUUUUCAACUGAAGUGCAUGAGAUUAAAACAGGAAAAAGAGAAGUGUCUAGGCCUAGUGUAAUUACAAUUGUUACACGAAACUUGCCGCGCAGCUGUGUUAUAUAGAUCGUCUUUGAGGAUUGUAGGCAAAUAUAGUUGCUCAGUCUAAUUAAUGAAAAUGACAGUGUUGUCCAGACAAAAUGUACUUCUCACGACAUGAUUUGAAUAGAACAUUAAUUCUACAUCGUGGCGAGUUUGUUUAAUGUCAAACUCGCGGCGCCGAAUUCGUCUUUUGAGACAUCUCCUUCACAUCGUUCAGAUUAAAGCAAACACGAUUUUGAUGAGGUUGGAUUAAAUUUGCAUAGGAGCGUAUCAGCGGCGUCUUCGUAAACAUUAAAUUAAACCUUUUUCUUGAUGGAGCUAGAAAAAUAAGACUUAAGUGCUUUUACUUAUAAAUACCAUAUAAUCAAAACGUUGGCCCCGCUAAAUUGAGGCUUUCUCUUAAAGGCAGUGACUUAAUGUCGUCAAUCGGCGUCAUCAUUUCAUUUUCCUUUAUACAUACAUUAACAAAGAGUACCUGUAAUCUCGCUGGGAAGCUCAGUGGUGGUUUGUUUAAUAUGUAAAAAACUUCAAUGGUAAAAAUCAGCCGGCGAUGUUAUUUAUUUUAAGACAGACAAUCGCAAAUGUCGAACUGAAAUAUUAUAGACGACAAGAAAUUACCUCAAAUGUCCUGUUUGCCUAAUUUCAUUCCCGUUUUGUCUACUUCCUUUGAAUAAUCACCUGAGGGCAUAAAAAAAAAGAGACUUUAUAUUUCUGUUGUAAAUUAAUGUGGCUUUUUGUGGGACACGUAAAAGGCGUUUGUCUUGUUUUUUCACCUUCUCUGAUCAUCAGAGCUACCAGUACAUUAAAACCCAUUAUCAUUAAGGAAAAUCUGGACUGCAUUAGAAACAUAGGGAAGGGGAGAUUGAAUGUCUUUUGGAUUCUUCCAACUCAAAAUAGCUUCUUUUUCAUUUCUUUCGGUUUAUUUGUUGAGCUUUGUUGCUCAAUAAUUUAUGUCUCAAUGAUUCCACAGACUUUGUAAAACUGCUUUGAGGUUUUUGGGUGUUGUCAUAAAAUAAACUGAUAACAGUUAUCAACCUCAACACUUCCAACAUCACAACAGACUCUUGAUAAAUAUCACUUGAAAUAGGAAAAAAAAAACACAAAAAUAAUGAAGUGACUUAAAAAAAAUGCUUCCGUUUUGAAGUGAUUAAGGUUCAUUAAUUAACUCAUUCAUCCAUUCAUUCUAACCACAGUAGGGGAGAAUGACUCAGCAUGCCCCUCAAAACAAACGAAGAAUAUUGCUUGCAAAAUGGUAUUUAACACAAACAAUGACAUUCACCAACAAUAUCCAACAUUCAAUCUAAAGUAAACAAAACUCUCCACAGCUGUGAACCAAUUGUUAAAUUAAAAUAAGAAGAUAAACUGUAAUAAAAAAUUUUGGCUUAAAUGAGGGACACUAUUUUUGGAAGGAGGGUACUUAAUCAAAUGGGGUGCUUAUUAUUCUCUUGUAUUGAUUUCACUGAUUUUGGAGCUUUAAAAGUUAUAAAUAGGGUGGCAAAAGAAACAGGUUUUCCCUGUAUCCCUACUCUUUAAGAAAGUGAGGAAGGAGGGGUGUGACAUUAUGGGCUAAAGCAUGGAGGCUUAUUCAGGAAGGCCACUUAUUAGAGUAUGGAUGCUUAUUCAAGGAAAAAAGAGGUGAAAAAAAAACCACAAGAUUUAACUUUCAGUGAAAUUUUCUCUCAGCGCAGUUGGAGACAGAAAAGCAAAACGAGUUGUGUGCUAGACUCUGGAUAAAAAAAUUCAGAUUUGAGCCCUGGCAGGAUUUAAUGUCAUGUGUCCUUUGACAAGACAUUUAACUCUUGCAACGUCACUCUUGGCACAGGAGUUUAAAUUAGUAACAACAGCAUACUGUCAGGGAAACCUGAAGAAAGGCUUGAGGUUAACCCUUUCACUCUCAAGAUCUGCCAAACUAAUCUUGUGAUGUCACUUUGGAGAAUUUGAUAUUGGAUCAACUAAUAAUCCCCUUGUUUAUAUUUUUCCUUAUUCUCAUCACUUUUCUGCUUGACAUCAUACUGAAAAUGUUAUAGGAAAUUAUGUCUUGAUCAUUCCUUGUGAUGGACAAGCAAUCCAUUAAGGGAGAUAAGUAGAACUUGUCUUUGAAUGCUAAAAACACAACAAUGGUAUCAAUUUUCUUCUGCCACUUCUAUGAGCAUCUCAUUUUAGUACCAUUAACAACUAAUCAAAUUAUACUCUCUUAUAGGUACAUUUAGCCGUUUAGUACCACGCAUUUCACAAGAGGAGCUAUUUAACAUCAGCAUCAGAGUCAAUGGUCUGGCAAAAUUUACAUGCUUACAAACAAACAAUGCAGCCAGUUUGGCAACUGUCCCCCACUUUGACUGGAUAAAAUGGAAGAACACAUCAUCUGCAGAUAAACUUGAUGUUGAUUUUGGAAAUUUCACAAGCAUUGUUUCAAACUCAAAAUACAGUAUCAAACCUGACGUCAAGGAAAACUUACAUGUUUCAUACCUAACUAUUCACAAUGUCACAGAAACUGAUGUGGGAUUGUAUUCCUGUGUUGUAUGCAACCUUUAUGGAAGAGUUUACCAAAGUGCCUUGCUUAGUCUUAACACAACUUUGGAUCCAGGUUGGUUGAGUUGUUUUUGGUAUUAUAAUGGUAUGUAGUACACAUUUUGUUAAAUACAAGGAUUUUGUUCUUUUCUGAUUGCAAAUGGUUAUAACCCUAAACCUUCAAUCCUGCUAAUAAAAGCAGAUCCUUACAGAGAAUGAGAAUGCCAAAGUGUUUGCUAAUAGGGGCAUGAGAGAAUGAAAUUUUGAGGAUGUUUAUCAUAUUUAAUUCUUAUAAAUUAUUACGACAAAAAUCAUUUAUUGUUAACAUAAAGUAAACACCAUUUUUUAUUUCAUUGUUUCCAGCAGUUCAUACUACUAGCAUACCAAAAACUGUUGAUUCCAGGACUCUUACAACACAGUCUACAAGUCAAAGCAUGGCAACCCAGCGUAUAAAAGUCAUUGUGGGUUGCAUAGGAGCAUUUGUAGGUGUUAUUCUAUUGGCUGUGGUUGUCUUUUUCUUUAAAUGGAGACAAAAAGAACCAAAAAAUCAAGGAUUGCCAAUAAUCCUCCACGAACCUGACUCACCACAAGAACAGAUUGAUGGUACACCUCCCUUAUCAGUUAAAUUUCGGAAUGGGCUCCUAACAGCAUCCACACAAAGAGACUCACUUUUACCCUUGAUACACAAGAGAAACAGUAGUUACAGAUCGCAGCUAUCAUCAUCAGCAUCUGGAGGAACUGUAGUAACAUAUGCAGAUGGUAUACCUAUUUUUUUAAUACCAUUAUGUUAAAGGUGGUUUUGUUGAGACUUUUCAGGUGUGCUGAGCCUCAGCAGGGUUGCUCAGGAACCUUAACUGAGCACAACCAUUCCUAAAGAUCUACCCCUCACAUGAGUGGCAUCCUUUGAACUAAAUCAUAAGUCCCACAAGCAGACAAUCAGGCACCCAUUAUAAUGCCUCAGCAGUGGAAACAUAUGCAACAGGGGUGGAGUUAGAAGUAACUCCAAGGUGGUCUAACCAAACAACCUUUAAGGUCAUUCCUUUACACUGCAAUGAAUGUUGUUACUGCAUACUGGUUGUCUUCAUGCUCACAAGAAGAUCCACCAUACUUGCUAUUAUUUUCAUAAUCUAAUCUAGAAAAGUACUUCAAGCCUAAUUUCAACCAUAAUUUUUGAUGGUUAUCUAUUUCAGAUUUAUUUGAAUAUCCAUUGGAUGAAAAAUGGGAGGUUCCUAGAGAAAUGCUUUUUAUAAAGGAUCUAGCUGGGGAAGGCGCAUUUGGUUAUGUCGCAAAGGCAGAAGCUUUUCAACUGCCAAAUACUUCUACACCUUGUACUGUUGCUGUAAAGAUGCUGAAAGGUUGGUAGUUAGUUUUAAUAUUCAUUAAUGGAUUAUCAGAAAACUUUACAGAUUUACUGAAAUUUUCAUGACUAAAUGAACAGGUGGUCCAUUCACUGUUGUUAAAAAAUUUAAAGUUUGCCUUGAAAACAAAAGGAAACUAAUUGAAACUUCUGCUGGAUGAUUUCUGAUGAGCUUUGAAAAUAAUCUUUAGACAAAGUUGUGGUAAAAUCAUAUAACUUGUUUGAACUGUGUAACUCUUUGUUUCAUAGAAAAUGCCACUGAUGCUGAGUUGUCUGAUCUGAUCUCUGAAAUGGAAACUAUGAAGGAAAUAGGAAGUCAUAAGAACAUAGUGAACUUUCUUGGGGCCUGCACUGUACAAGGUAAUGGUAACUGUCCAUAUAUCAUGGUUCAAGAAAGAAGAAAAUCAAAAAUCUGAAUCAAAUUAAUUUGGGAAACAAUCUCAAGUCUUAAAAUCAUAAGAUUCAAAUUAUGCAUCCUGCGUCUUUAUCAAAUUAUUAUCGCAAACAUCACAAUUAUUUCAUUUCUACCUGACUGCACAGCUACAUGUAGAGGGCUAUUAAGAAAAUGGAGAGAGCUGUGGUAAAAACAAUAGCUAUAAAAUCAAGAAGGAAAAUGCUAAAUUUAACUUUUUAGAUUUUACAUGUAUGCCAAUAAAAAAUUAAAUGAAAACUGUGAUCAAUUAUUGUUUCCUGAUUGUGUGAUUUUGUAGCCAAUUUGAGAUUUCAUUCUUUUAGGUCCCCUAUAUCUCAUUGUUGAGUAUUGUCCACAUGGAAACUUGCGUGACUUUCUUCGUGAUAAUCGACCCUCUCUGACAGACAUCAAUGGAAAGACUACAGCUCAGUUAACACUUAGGGAUUUGUUAUCAAUUGCAUAUCAAAUAGCUAGAGGAAUGAGUUACCUGUCUUCAAAAAAGGUAACUAGUCAUUAAAAAUGAUCCAUGUAAUUGUUUUGAAACUCCCUGUAACUAUGAUUGUUGACUCUUACACAAUUUGUUAAUUUUAAGGUAAUUUCAACUAUUUUUUUAAUUCUCUGUAGUUAUUUUUUUCACUUGAACAGAAGAAAGCAUUCAUAACAGUUGAUUACAACAAUUACUAGCUUCCAAACAAGGAAAGAAUAUCUUAGAUUAACUGUUAGGCUUCUAAGGCUCAUUCACCUAAAACUAAUAUAGAACUAUUCUAUCCUAGAACCUUUGUAAACUAAAUUGUUUCUUCCCUGAUGUGUUAAGGCAUCCAUUUAAAAAAUGGAUUUUAAGAAAAAAGAAAAUCAUCUUAGUUUGACACAGCCACAAUAAAUUAGUCAGAGUAUUAUAUACUACCAGUACACAAAAAUAUUGUCAAAACUCAGUUAAAGGCAUAAACACAUCAGCCUUUUGCUUAAUAAUGCCAGGAAAUAUUAAUAACAUUUUUUUGGUGUUCAUUUCCCUCAAACUAUUCUGUAGUGUAUACACAGGGACCUAGCUGCAAGGAACGUUUUAAUUGCUGAAGACUUUGUUAUUAAAAUAGCAGACUUUGGAUUGUCUAGAAAUCUGGGCAACACAGAUUAUUACAGGAGAACAACUCAUGUAAGUGUUGUUAUAUUUUCCACAGAAGGCUUAAACAGAUAGAAGCAAUAGUCUUGUGCCGUACAUACCUGUGAUAAGCUUUUUACAGUGAUAAGAAAUCACACAAGAUUUAUACUAUUGAAAAAAGGUCUUUGACUAGUGUAUGACAAAUUGUGCAUUUUUAUGCUACGCAUUUUGCUAUCAUAGGACUCGCAUGAAUUACAAACUUUCAGUCUGAGACUAAAUUGUGUUUUAAAACCUAAACUAACUUUACCCUGAUUAACAUUUAGUAAACAUUGAUUGUUUUUUCAUCAUGCAUAAUCAUAAUUUAUGCAAUUAGUUUUCAUUGUAGUUACGAUGCUUGAUCAGUUAUGGAAAAAAUAUUCCAAAAUGCAACUUAAUUCAUCUCUAUUUCAGGGACGUCUUCCAGUAAAAUGGCUGGCAAUAGAGGCACUGUUUGACCAACAGUAUACAGUCAAGACUGAUGUGUAAGAUACUUGGUUCAUGGAAUAUAUAUCUAUUUUUUUUUUGGAUAAAUUAUUUAAUUUUGUCCUCUUGUCAUUCGUAUGACAUUCAUUCAUUUUUUUUUUCAUUUUGUUUCAGUUCACCUAUUAAAUUUAACAUACAAAUGUACCCAUUUUAUUGAUGGUAGCAGAGGGCCUAGUCCUACAACUGUGCACUCUGAUUUAUUUUUGUGACUAUUUUUUUUCUUCAGUUGGUCAUUUGGGAUCAUUUUGUGGGAGAUAUUCACCCUUGGUAGGUAUAAAAUACAUAAGAACAUUAUCCAAAACCUCUCUGAACUUUGGCCAGUAUUUCAGCAUUUUUUUUAACCACAAUAUAUGAGAAUUUGCUUUUAAUCUUAACCCUGUUUUGAAUCUUAACUCUUAACUCUACUUUGUCUAGGUGGGACACCUUAUCCUGGAAUUCCUGUUGAAAGGCUGUUUACAAUACUUAAAAAUGGAUACCGAAUGGAAUGUCCAAUUAACUGUCCUGAUAAUAUGUGAGUUUGAUACAUACCUAUUCCGAGAUUUAAAACUCAGGAAUCAUUCUUAUAGAACUAUUAAACUAAGCACUAAUUAUGUCACAUGAUCAAGUGAUACAGUUCGCACAGCUUGUUACAGAUCCAAACAACCUCCCUUUUGUAUUUGAAAUUCACUUUUUCUAAAAAGUGAGCAAUUAAUUAAGCCAUUCAUAGUUUUGGCUGUGGGUCCUGCCUUGGGUGUCUACCCUAGAGAGGUAUCCAUUUUGUCACAAGACAGAGAUCUUGUAACUUGGCUUUUGAUAACUGUGAUGUCUUGAUUUCAUUAUUGUCUUAUACUGAUGAUAUUCUAUGAAAUCUUGUUUAUAAUGAGCUUUUAUCUUCUCCUUUAGUUAUAAAAUAAUGGUAAAAUGUUGGAGUGAAAAUGCUAAAAGCCGUCCUGAAUUUUUUGAGCUCACUGAACAACUUGAUGAACUUCUCUCAUCUGAGUCAUCUCAGGUAUUUAAUAUGAAUGUGUUUUAGUUUAACUUUAACCUUGGUUUUAAUCUUUUUUUUAUGUGAAUGGAUAUGUAGAGAAUAAUUAUAUUGACUAUGAAACAAAGGGUAAUAAAAUGGGAAACUAUGAUAAUCUUAGUCAAACAUCCAUGUCUGACAAAUCACAACAAUUUUGGUGACAAUGACAUUGACCUUAGCGAUGAUGACACUGAGGAAGAGUGUUAUGAGUAAGGUAAAGACAAGCUCAAGACAUCAUUCACUGUCUAAUCCAGGUGUGAAUGUGAAAAAUAUAGGAUCUCCCCUCACACUAACUUGAUCUACAUUCUUAAAAACUUCAAUGAUCUGAGUUUAAGAGUACAACUAUUUCAAACUGGAAAAUAUUGUUUCAAGGGAAAACAUUUCCGAGGCCUUUUCAGACAAAACUAUUUCUCAACAGUGUUUUGGUUACAUUUCCCAACCAAGCUCCUCAAUCCUAGAUGUGGCACUUGUUAAUGUUUUUGUUCUCAUAUGUGAUUCUUGGUUAGAAAGCACUUAAGGGAAAAGCUUAAUUAAGAAAAUACCAUGGAAAAAGUAAUAUUGAAAUGAUAAAAACUAGACUGUAUUGUAAUUUUAACUUCAAAUGAUAUACAAACUUACUGAUGAUGUAUCAUACCUUGCAACUUUUAGGAGUACAUUGAGGUCUUGGCAAAGUCAGUUGAUUGUUUGGCAGAAGUUGAAAUGGAAUCUGGCCAAACAGCUGAAAGUCAAAAUCCACAAGAAGCAAAUAUCAUACAUGAAAAUAUGGCAAUUAAAGGAAGUGAAGGAAAGGACAUCCCUUUCUCUGACACAAAUCUUCAGUUGACCUCUUAAAUCAAAGAUGGUUUACAUAUUUACCAUUGCUCUCCUUCCUGAAACAAAUACAGCCCAGUGAGGAUCUCAGAGAAGAUAAAUAAAUGUCUGGCUGCACAAGAUAAUUCAUAAUGCCUGAUUUAAUGACCCACAAGGAAGCAGAAUUCAUUGUAAACUACAUCAAAUUAGAAAGAAAGACCCAUCAAUAACCUAUGGCAAGUGAAGAGGGUACAGUCUGACCCAAAGAUUUCCCUUACAAGGGCAUGUUCUCAGUAAAAUUAACAACAGAGAUAUGCUGAACCACAUGGAUCACACUCAGGUGUGAAUAUCUUUCCUACACAAUUAAGAAGACAAGGUGCUUUGUAAGAUAAAAUCACAUAAUUAUCUCUUCAAAAUUACUACACAUUUGACAUGUCUUGCUGUAGAACAAACACUUUUAGAUACAAUGUAGCACCUCCAUUGGCAAAAUUGCAGUGGUGAUCUUAUACAAAUGCAAAAGUUCAGUUAGCUAUAAUAUAGAUUUAAGUGUUAACAUCAAUCUUUCUAUAAAUUUCAAGUUGACUUCUUUAACAAAAGGUUGACAGAUUUUAAUGCAGAGACAUAAUCUCUUACUCUCACCUCUUACUAAACUCAUUCUAGAUCACCAUAAGCAAAGUAAACCAAGUUUACCAAAAUUAAUUGUGAAGUAUCCUUUCGUUAGAUACCUCUAAAUAUGAUUAAAGAAGGAUUAACAUGACUGUAAAAAUGUUAUUUAAAGCAAUGGAAGUUAAGACAGAUAUUAUUUAUUAAGGAAUAUAAUGUAAGCGUACAAGACAUCAUCCAUCAUCCAUCAUCCAUCAUCCAUCAUCCAUCAUCCAUCAAAUAAUUACCCAGACUCAUUUAGCAUCAGAAUGUUAGGACCAGAUAAAUUUCAUCUCUCCUCUGUAAAAAACUUAGAUGUACAUCUCUCAGUCAGUCUUGAGUAUUGAGUAAAUGUUUUAGAAACACUUAAUAUAGGUAAGUGUGUCCAACAAUAUGAGUUCAUUUCUUGUAAAUAUCUUAAGUAAAAAUAGAGAGUUAGUCCCAAAUGAAACCAAACAAAAAAGUGAUCAUUAACAUGUUAACUUCCAGUGAGUCCUGUAACCUUAUUCAUAAUGGUAAUCAGACUCAUUGGAAUCCAAUUUGGUCUAUAAUUAUAAGAGUGAUUAACAAAAUGGACAACUGCAAAGCAGGAGUCCAAUUGAUGGUCACAAGUAUGAUUACAAACAGAAUUAGACGACAUGAAGUCCUGAUACCAAUUAAUCAAAACUAUGACAAAAUUUGAGAAAGAAACUCACAAAAAAACAACCGUUAACUCAGUGAAAUGUGCAACCAAAGACGGCACACACGACACAUACUAUUGUCUAACACAGGCAUGACGUCAACUGUUCUAUUGCAGUGUUCAAUGACAAGCCUGAUGUUUACACUGUCCUAUUAGCACUCAAAUUGGGCUGGUGAUAACCAAUCACCUUCAAGAAUUUUUUUUUUAGUUUUGAUUAAUAUCAUUAUUGUUCAAAUUUCCCAAACUUUGUCAUCUUUCAAAACAUGUAACAGGAAAGAUUUAUCGUCGAAGUUUGUGGAAAAUAAUUAAUAGCAUUUGGAGGAGCAUUUAAUAGUUAAAGUGUGUGUCCUUUUUGGUCCUAGUUCACUGAGCUAGUCAUUUAUUCUUCUUAAGUAUUGCACAAUUCAAAUAUCUCAGCAUUUUUUUAUGACAAUGUUUACUCUUUUAGAUAACAAAUGAAUAUUAUCCAAAUAUUUUCAAAGAAUACCUCAUCCUAUGACCAAUUGCUAGAAUACUUCUAACAAGGACAGUGUUAAGUUAUAAAAUUUCUUUGGAAAUAAAAAAUUUUGCAGUAUCCUCAAUUAUACAUGUACCUUAAACAGGGUAGCCAAAUAAACAGAUUUUAUCUACAACAGGGUUAGUGCUCAGCAGUACACCCCAUCAAAUUCACUUAGAAAUGGCAAAAUUUAAUUUUUGAUAAAAAUUACCAAUACAUCACUGUCUAACAGUAAAGAGAUAAUCAAUUAAACUAUCAGUAUUUCUCUAAAUCAAUUAUUAUUUUGUUUAAAUAUUUAUCACUCUUGACAGAUCAAAAGUAUGGUUAUAUAAUUUUAUAUGGUGUAAUUUUAUCACAUAUAUGAUCAAAAUUUCAUGGGUUUAAAUAAUUGUAGCUGUACAUUACUGUUUUCCCGAAUGUGUUUCCCUGUAUUUACCUCUAUGUGUUUAUUCAUUAAACGAAAG